UACAUUCAACGUGUAAGAGCAUGUUUUAAAGCGGCGGGAGUUACCGCAGUGAUUUCAAGGUACACGUCUACACAUUGGCGUUGUAAGACCUGUUUCUGUUUUUGAUAAUUUCAUCAGAAAGGAUUCCUUAGGUACAUUUUGAUAUUAUUUUGUAUUACCGACAUUUUAGAAGAGGUCAAUUGCAAGUUAUUACACAGGAUAUUUCCAAGUUGAAGUUGUAUUAUCAGUGGAUAUGACAAAAAGAAAGAAGUGUCAUGCUAUCCGAAAGACAAACUGAGAACUCUUCUGCAGGAACCUCGGCCACAGGUUGCCCGGGAAAUGAGACAGACGAUAACAAUAGACCAAUACAAGCAAGUCCCGACGCAGAAUGGGUUGAUGAAGUUGACCCGUGGAGAGCAAUUAGCAGAACUGAACAUGGAUUUAACUAUGACGAAAUAAUAGAGCGGUUAAAUUGUAAAAAGAUUGACAGACAGCUAAUUGAAAAGAUGGAAGUUCUAAUAAGAAGACCAGUUCAUCAUCUGAUUUCCCGAAACAUUGCUGUUUCCCAUAGAGACAUGGACAGAAUAAUGGAGGGGUUCAAGGUCUCACAGGGAAUCUGGAAUGACAGUUUUUACCUAUACACAGGUCGAGGACCAUCGUCAAAAACAAUGCAUCUUGGACAUGCUAUUCCAUUUAUUCUUACAAAAUGGUUUCAAGAUACUUUCAACACCCCUCUUGUAAUACAAAUCACCGAUGACGAAAAGUUCUUGUGGAAGGAUAUUCAAAUUGACGACGCAACCACAAUGGCUCAUGAAAAUAUCAAAGACAUCAUUGCAUUUGGAUUUGAUCCCAAGAAAACUUUCAUUUUCACAGACAUACAAUAUAUGCGGCCCGAAUUUUACAAAAACAUAUGCAGGAUAGAAAAACUGUGCAAUGUCAUGGACAUCAAAGAUCGGUUUGGAUUUGAAGACGACGAUUGUAUCGGAAAGCUUACUUUUCCCGCUAUACAAGCUGCUCCUAGUUUUAGCUCGUCCUUCCCAGAAUUCUUCAACGGAAGAAAAGACAUUCCAUGUCUGAUACCAUGUGCUAUAGAUCAGGAUUCCAUCUUUAGAAUGGCAAGAGAAACUGCUCCCAAAUUAGGCUCUGGAAAGCCAGCUGUUUUGCAUACAAAGUUUCUGGCUUCUCUGAAAGGCCAACAAUGGAAAAUGAGUGCCAGUCAUCCGGAGGGAGCAAUUUUUCUUACAGAUGACAAACAUGUAAUCGAUAGAAAGAUACAAAACUGUGAUAGAGAGAUAUUAUUUCAAUAUCUUUCUUACUUCAUGGAAGACAACAGAAGGUUUGAACAAAAACAGGAGGAAUAUUCAUCAGGCUCUCUGUCUACAGCAAAUCUCAAGAAGGAAUUACUUGCUGUUCUCACAAAAUUUGUGACAGAAUUCAAAAGAAGACGGAAUAACAUUUCGGAGGAAAGGUUUCAAAAGUUUAUGUCACCAAAGAAAUAAAAAUGUAUUUAAAAUGUAUACGAUUUUAUUUUGACAGUGAAUCUUUAAAUUUAAACAUGAUGGAAAUAUGCAAGAAAGUGACCUUCCUUUUAUAUUCGGUAAUUUGAGCCAACUUUUUAAGCGGCAUCAACAACACAUACUUUCAUCUCAAUAAAGAAUGUGCCAUUGCUAUCUAUUAGUGAGAGCAUUGUCUUCUGAGUUUAUAUAAGUAAAAGCAGACUGGUUUUCGUGUAAACACUUUGUGUAAUUCCUAUUAGUAACAAGAGCAGCUUUAGCACAAACUUUCCAAACUAUAUUUUUCCAUGAUGUUUAAUACGUAAAUGAUAUUUUAUUGUAUUGUAACAAUCACUGUUUUGCAUCGACAGAAAAAAGACAAAAGAUAAAGAAGAAUUUGAUGAAUUACUUUUUAUUUAUAAAGUUUUACACAGAUUAUUAUCUUGGCUGUUUAAUAAAUAUGCAAAAAGAA